AUGGAUUCUGGCUCCAUAAUCAUCUAUCUCCUCCUUGUUUCUUUUGUUUCUCCUAUUUACUCUUUCAAAACAAGUAGCUAUCAAUUAGAGAAUCAAACUUUUCAAAUAGAGAAGUUUCACAAGUUGAAAAAGACCAUAAAAAACCGUCUUCAACAGAUUAACAAGCCUCCUAUUAAGACAAUUCAGAGUUCUGAUGGUGACAUAGUAGAUUGUGUUUCUGUUAAAAGGGAAGAAACCAAUGCUCUUAGCCUUGGUAUUCAGAUCAUUUUGUCCAUUCCGGGUUCAGUUUGUGAUAAUCAUCAAGUUUGGAGCUUAUAUGGUGAAUCAUGUCCCGAAGAAUCAAUUCCAAUUGGAAGAACAAAAGAGCAAGACAUAUUAAGAGCCGGCUCUAUUAGCAAAUUUGGAAGAAAAUUAAAUCAAAUUAAAAUGGACAGCAAUACCAUUGAACAUGAGCAUUCAAUAGGGUAUGUGACUGGGAAUUACAAAGGAGCAAAGGCUGACAUAAAUGUGUGGGUCCCCAAUGUGGAGAUCGAAGGAGAAUUCAGCUUGGCUCAAAUAUGGAUUUUAUCUGAUCCAUUUGGAGAUGACCGUAACACCAUUGAAGCUGGUUGGCAGGUCUUCCCACAACUCUAUGGAGACAACCGCCCUAGAUUGUUUAUUUACUGGACGGCUGAUGGAUAUAAAAAUACUGGGUGCUACAAUUUACUAUGUCCAGGGUUUGUUCAAACUAACAAAAAUGUUGUAAUUGGAGGUACAAUUACUCCAACUUCUACAUAUAAUGGAGGACAAUUUGAAAUUACCUUACUGAUCUGGAAGGAUCAAGACAAUGGGAACUGGUGGUUUGGAUAUGGAACUGAAAUAGUUGGGUAUUGGCCAUCCUCUUUAUUCACACAGUUCAAUGAUAAUGCACAUGCAAUUCAGUUUGGUGGAGAAAUAGUGAAUUCAAAAUCAAAAGGGUCUCAUACUUCCACCCAAAUGGGUAGUGGACAUUUUGCUGAGGAGAAUUAUGGAAAAGCUGCAUAUUUUAAGUAUUUGCAAGUUGUGAAAUCUGAUAACUCCUUCCAUCCAUUGUCAGAAGAUCCCAAGUAUAUAGCAAAUAAACCAAAUUGUUAUAAUAUAAAAGGAGGGAGUAGUAAAGACUGGGGAAAAUACUUUUUCUAUGGUGGACCUGGCAGGAAUGAGAAUUGUCCUUGA